UGUGGGUUCCUAACUUAUAAAUAUCUUUUAAGGACUCCCCUCCUGAACAAACCAUAGCCCUUCGUUACCCUUUUUUAUUUUCAAAAUCAUCCAAAAGUUUUCUCAAAUUGCAAUUCAACCCCUAAAGUUGACCAUUUCUUAAUAAUAAUGUACUUUUGUCCUAUAAAAUCUCUCAAACCUUCUCCCCUUUUUAUCCCAAAAGGCUCCGUCUUAGGCCGAAAGUCAAAAUCAUGCCUUCUUCUUCUUCUUCUUCUUCUCAUCAUCUCCCCUCCACCAUUGCCGCCCUCCACUCCGAAAUCCUCCAGACUCAUAUUCUCACCCGCCUCGACGGCCCUGCUCUGGCCUCCGCCGCCUCUGCCUCUUCCCGCUUCCGCCACCUCUCCGCCGAGGACCAACUCUGGCGUCAAAUUUGCUCUGCCACCUGGCCCUCAACCACUCAUCCCCUAAUCCAGCAAGCCAUCUCCGCCUUCCCUUCCGAACACCGGUCCUUCUUCUCCGACGUAUUUCCCCUGCUCGAUUGCCGGUCGCUUCGUUGCGAUCUCGACCGUUCCCCUUCCUCCGAAUUGAUCUCCGCCGUGGACAUUCAUUACAAGGACAAACCCCUCUUCUCCAAAGUCCACUCCACCGAUACCAACACGAAUUGGUUCCUCUACUCCCCAUUUCGCGUCGACGUAAUCGACCCAAAAGACUCAAUUCCGUUGCCGAUUCGCCGCCGAGAGAAACGCGAAGAUUGGGUAGCUAAUCUAGAGCAAAAUCUAACGGCGAGUUGGAUUGUAAUCGACCCAAUUAAGAACAGAGCAGCAAACGUCUCGAGUAGGCAGGCAGUGAACGUCCGGCGACACUGGUUAUCCGGCGAGAUACAAGUACAAUACACGACGAUGAUGGGCGGCGACGGGAGGGCGGGGUCGAGAACGGAGAUGGUACAGUGCUCGGUGGUGGUGAUUUGCGGCGAGAAAGAAGAGGAUGGGAUGGAAAUGAGCGUUAGAGAGGUGAGUAUGCAGAUUUUGGACAUGGAAGGGAAGCAUUUGAACGGGAAGCAGAGCUCCGGGAUUCUGGGUGAAGCCAUGGAAAGGGGGAAGAGAAUUAAAGAACAGAAAGGGGAAGCGAAAUUGAGGUUCGGAGAAUACGAGGAGCUGAAGAGGAAGAGGAAAGGCCGGAAAGACAGAAUCGAGAAUGCUUUGGAUAUGCUCUGUGUUCUCACCGGAAUCGCCAUUUUUCUGUCUUUCUGCACCUUCAUCUUCUUCUUCUUCUUCUUCACAUCAACUUGAAUUAAUCAUGAUUAAUCUCCCUAAUUAAACCCUAAUCCUUCAUUAUUUUAUUCCAAACAUAUAUUCUUAAUAAUA